UGUGUCUUGUUACCCGUCGUGGACCAGUCGUUCUGACCCCGUCUCUCCUCUUUCUUUUACAUAAAAAUUACACCCGAACCCCUCUGCAGAUUUUCCACUGAACCUGUCAUCGACAUUUCUCUUAUCUCAACUUUUGGACAAACCGACAAGUCGAGCCCAGGCACAUCUGGAUCAAACCCCUGCCGUCCAAGCAAUCACCCGGGGCCUUAUCUCUCGGAUCUCAGUUAACCUUGCCGCUUGUUGCCCAAGCGCUUGUCAAUUGACCAACGAGCGUGCGUACUGAUUGGUGCUGCCGUUAUCGCAUCGCAUCACAUCAUCGCAUCGCAUCUUUUUUUUAUUUUUUAUUAUCGACCAUUACCCUGGCACCGGCAUCAGGCCUGAACCCGCUGCCGCGCGCCUAAGCCCGUCUAUCCAAUCUCGGGUCCGGACCUGCGUCAUCGGCACUUUAUUAUUUUCUUUUUUUGUAUAUUUUUAUUUUAUUUCCCGACGUUUCACUGCCAAGCCGCCGUCUUCCGGCUGCCGCCCGGCGCCGCCCACCCCCGGGGAGCAAAUACUCGUCGCCCCGGUACUACCAUUCGACUUUACACUUGCCGGCUAGGCAAUCAAAGCUACGCUGAUAAAAGAAUAAAACAACAGAGCCUGGCAUACAUAGUCUGCCAAUCACCAAAAUAUUUGCAGAGAAGAAAUUGCAUCUUCUCAUCCCUGGAUGCAGGACCAUCAGCGGAUAAGUGGCAGGUAACUGGCACUUAUAAUCUUUCGGUUUUUUUUUUCUCUCUCUUUUUUUUCUCACACGUGGGAACGGCUCUGCCGAGCCGCCCCCUCCACUUCGACUACCUGGGGUCUUUGGCGAAUUUCGUCUCGGCGAACAGGCAUGGCAGACAAGAUGUCCAUCGACAGGAAGGACCCCGUCAAGGAGGAUACUCCUGACACUGUUGGCUCUAGCCUCGAGGGCGAGCAGCAGACCCAGCAGGGUAACAACGCCACAAACAACGGCAACCAUCAGGAGCCCCAAGAGGCUCAACAGCCAAAGCGCAAAGGUGGUCGCAAGCCUAUCUAUGCAACUUCGGAGGAAAGGAAGCAGCGCAACCGCCAGGCCCAGGCUGCCUUUCGCGAGCGACGGACCGAGUACAUCAAACAGCUCGAGGAAGCUAUCAAGAUACAUGAGCAGAAUCUUCACCAGCUUCAGGCUGCUCAUCGCAAUGCGGCAGAUGAAUGUCUUAUGCUUCGUUACAAGAACUCGCUCCUUGAACGCAUUUUACUCGAGAAAGGCAUCGAUGUGCAGGCCGAGUUGCGCGCCAAGACCGGAAGCCCAAACUUGGGACCAACGCAUAUGCCACAGAACUUGGUCCCACCGCCUCCAAUAUCGAGGUCAUUAUUGAAUCGACACCACUCCCGCAGAUCCAAUUCUAGCAUAGCGCCCAAGAUGGAGCCAGGCCUUGGCGCCCUACACCCAUCACCCGCGAGCAGGCAAGGGGCAUCAUCACACUCGGCGUCUCCGACAAACACGACCUCCAUUUUUGCUGGUUCCCCAGCAGGUUCUGCCUCGGAUCACCAUCAGUCAGGCAACCGCUCAGGAAUGCCACCGGGUGGCAUGAAACCCCAGCAGGCGGUGACAAUGUCCCAAGGACUACCGCCAAGCGGCCCUCCGAGGGGGAUGCAGCAGCAAAUGCACACAGCAGCCCAUCGUGCUCAUGCCAUGCGUGUGGCAGCCGCUACAGCUGGAGGCGCAACGCCAUCUGCGCCCUUCUAUCCUUCUCCCGCAUUCCAGAGCCAUAUAGACCAGCUUGAACAAGAAUACGAUGCCGCAGACAACAUGAUGGAUGAUUGUGAGACGCCAGAUACGCCCUCAGGACCGGGGCCAUAUCCCGGUGCACCAUAUUCCGGAGAGGGACAAUCUCUAAACCUUUCGAGCCCCGCAGCAACCGGAACGCCUCUGGACAGCUCGAUUGCUCCGUCACCUGCAGUCACUACGGCAGCUGCGCACAGCACCAGUGCCUACCCUUCAAUGACACAGCUGCUCGAUACCGGCAUUGACUGGGACCCUUUUGGGCUCACGGCAAGCAUGGCGUUUCCUAAUGGUAGCCAGUUUGCUUUCGACACAAGCAACAUGAGAUGAUGGCUCAGCCACUUCAAACUCUCUGAACAUAUGAUUCAUAAUCUGUCCACCUGAUUACUGUUCUCAAAACUCUUCUCUUCUCUAUUGAAUGUCUUUAAUUCUUUUGACCGGUCAUUGUUUUUUCCACACGGGCGGGGCGACAUAUAAAAAAAAAACGACUUUUGCGACGCUUUACGGAAAUACCCAACACGGUGGAUAUAACGGCUUGACAUUGUGUUUUGUUUUGGUGUCAUUAUCUGGGAGGGCGUGGAUUUUCGCCCAAUAUUUUGUUUUCAAUUCUAUACCUGUCUAUUCCACAUGAAAGGGUGACAGUUUUUUCUUGUUUUGCUUGUGUGGGAAUGGGCGAAUGGGAGGUCUGGAAAAGUUAUCAUGUCUUUCUUCUUUGGCUUGCACAACUGAAUAUACUACUAUAAGGGCGGUUUCUAUUUUGCACCUAAGGAUAUCCUAUGUUCAAUUCUUUCAUGGGCGUUUAGGCUUAUUUGAUCUUUAUUUGCUUUCCCUUGUCGGACUUUUGUUGAUUCUGGAAACACAUUUUAUGAAGCGCGCGAGGAGUUUCCAGGCUGGGAGAAAAAUCUGAGAAAUGUAGAAACAAAACGAUUACAAAAUUAAGAGAAAGUUUUAUUUGAAUCCACUCUAGUGACAACGAGACCUGCGUCAGCUCUCACCAUUCAACAGGCCGCAGCUGGUAUACAUGUUUACCUGGCCAUGCCAUCGUG